AUGAUCAGCUCGUGCAUAAUCCGCCUCAGGCCUUUCAUUGUCGCCAAAUCGGUUACGACUAGUUCGAUCCGCUGUCUUCACUCCACUGCGCUUGCCAAUGUCCAGCACGGACACGACUCUUCCCUCUCACAAGGCAAUGUAAGCAAAGCAGACAGCUUGCAUCCGGGGGACGUGCACGACCAAGCAGCUCGGUCAGGUCAAGCCAGCAAAGAAAAGGCCCCUCUCGACGCAGCAUCUCCAGAGUCAGGGAAGAAAGCCUCUCGCGCGGGUUUGUCGGGAAAUCCAGAGGGUGUCGGCUUCGCUGAGCAGGUAGGUUCAGCGAGCUCCACAGCCAACGGGGGCCCUCGAGCUUCUGAGGGGAUGACAGGAUCUGAGGAGAGUACGCCGCCAGGUUGCCUCGAUUCCAUGAAGAGCAAGCUUGGAUUUCAAACCACGAGCGGGGAAGUCAAACAGAACCGCGGUAGGGGAGAGGGGGUCACGGGGACAGGAUCUUUUAGUGGACUCAAAGAGAAUAAAGGGCAAAGGAAGUUCCACACAUCAGCAAUGACAUGCAUGCCAGAGCGAACGAAAGGUCAGGCACCGGAGGCAAGCAGACAGCCCAAGGACCGUACGUACUCGGAUCAGAAUGAACACCUGGAACACAGGUCGGACACUGAUGCUGGAGCAUCCAAAGAGAAAGGAAACGCAGCAGAAGAACCCAGCCUUCCUUCACAUGCGUUCAAUGGCAACGCGAAAUCUCCAGUAUCCAGUCGCACAUUCCACACAUCUGCUCUCCGUUUUGACACCAAACACACUGCCGAAUCGUACUUCAAGGAUGUCGACGACUCCCCUCCACAGGACGCGAAGACACACCAAGUCGAUAGUUCUGCAACCGGCGCCCAGGUAACACGCGGAGACGAUUCGGAUACCGGCGAGUUCUCUAGGAAGGGACCCCAGACUAAGGAGUACGCAACGACCAGUAAGAAACAGCCGUAUGAUACGCCCCCGUCUGAGGGGAAGCAGACGGAGACAAAGUUGCGAUAUGGUGGAACAGGCGGAACGGGGAAGCAUGCAGGUGGAGAGUCGACUAGCAAGCCAGGCGAGGGUCCUGAAGGUGAUUCGGCGGGUGGGCGAAAGCCUGAGGGCAGAUGA